AUAACAAACUUCACGCAAGUAAACACAGGUACAGGACCCCAGUCAUGCGGGAGGGGGGGCGGGUGAGCCUGCCUGCCAUGAGACGCGGCCUCUCUCCUGAGGGAUGCAGAAUUCGGGAGCGCCACAGCCAAGGCUCCCUGACCAUCGGGGUGCAAGGGGUGACUGUGCAUCCAACUGAGAGAGCAAGUCGCAGCCAGAGUUCCUUCCUGCAGGAAAACGUGAGGCGGCUGCGGGAGAUCCAAGCCAAGUGCCGGGACAGGGAGCAGCCCAGCCGCCGCCACCAGCCGCUGCGAGCCACCACUCGCGUGAGUUCUGCCUCCACUACCGCCUCCACCCUAAGCAAGACAGAUGGUCCUGCUGAUGCCUCCCUGGUGAAGACUGGUGAGGGUGGGGCGGGGCGUGGUGACAGUGCCCACUCGGACUACUACUCUCUCUCAGAGGAUCCACCCGACCCACCGCCCCCAACACACCCCCGCUAUCCACCACAGGGAUGGGGCACCAACACAUCCUCACGUCCGCAGAGUCCCGUGUUGCUCAGGCCUCUAUCCACCAGUCCACUGCCGCCCCCUGAGUCAGACCAACAUCCCCUCCUCCCCGAUGCCGGUCUUACCAGGGAAAUGAGGAGGCUGCGAAUGGAGAAUCUGGUGUCCCGCAUCAGCAGUCAGCGGCCGGCGUGCGAGAUGGACUACCACCAGCACUACCGGACCAUUGAGAACCAGCACCGUCAGCUGUUGGAUGCAGUCGAGAGAAUCAACAGCUCAUCAGGUGAUGCAGGCAGUGGUGAGGACUCCACCCGGUCGAGGGGAGGUCAGGCGAGGGCUGCAACCCCUCCAAGAAUGGUUCGUGCGUACAGCUUUGAUCGCAGCACCCAGGCUAGGCGGCGGGAAGGCAGCGCUGAGAGGAAAUCCAAGGCAGGUGCCCCAGGUGAACUAAAAGCCUUGAAAAAGUUCCACCACCGAUCCUCCUCCCCAUCCCCGUCUUCCUCCUUCUCCUCCCCACAACCCGUAAGAUCUUCCAGAAUGAUCUCCAAGAGUGGCCGCUCGCUUCAGGACACUGGUGAGGGGAAAGGCGUUUCUGGAAGACAAGUGGUUGGGGUCAAGGGUAAUGUCAUGACGGAAUCAAUAAGUAAAGAUGAGUUGAGAGGAAAACGCACCUUGAUGAGGGCCAAGAGCGAGCUGGGGCGAGCCUCCCCUGACAUACAGCCUUCUGGCACCCGUCCACCUUCCCGUCACGGCAGCCUAUGGAGCAACGCCAAGCAAGACGCGGGGGAUGCGGCCUCCUUUUCGGAGGACACGAAUCUCAACUCCACUUUGUCCUCUAGUUGUGACUUUUACCCUGGGGGCCACGUAGAUAACGAGUCUCCCCGCCGCGCCACCCGAGAGGACCUCAAAUUGGCGAUUCGUCCAGACAGUCAAAGCACCACAGCAGGAGGAAACCAUGGCGCAAAGGAUCCCAACCAGAAUGACUGGGACUCGUACAAUGACCUAGACUUUCCCCAAAACAGUGGCGCGGACGCGGAGAAUGCGGCAGUUCACCCAGACGCUGUGGAAGCCAUCCAGCACAGCGAGCCGCCUGGUGGCCAGACCGAUGGUACUAUGGGCGAGAAAAUUACCGGCACAGAAGACAGAAAAAUUGACGAUCCUGGUGGCUUGGAUGAGACGGAUGACGCGCACCGUGCACAGGCAGUGGCGACAUCCACACCUGUCCAAAACAUAGGCGAGGAUGACGGCGCCACCGCCGCUGUCACCACCACAACUCACUCUCCACGACGCUUGAAGAGAGAACAGCAGCAGCCCAGGAGAACCCGUGGUGACCCCCUGCGGAGAUCUCAGUCCCUGAAGAACGUAGCUCACACUCCAGGAGAGCCUCCGCCUUCCUACCAGAUAGGCAAAAUACCAAGAUACUUGCAAAUCCGGAAAGAGGAGAAGCGUCGUCAGGAGGAGCUGGCCCUCGCCGUGGACCCGGACUGUCCCCCGGGCCACCAGCCGCUGCCCGACCACGAGCGUCUCAACACCCUUCACCUGCUGCAUAAGAGCCAAACCCAGGUUCUACGGGAGCUGUCAAGUCUGCCCGUGGCCCAAGACACCCUGAGAAUAAAAAAAGUGCGUCUUACCCUGGAGGAGAAGCUUACUCAGAUUGAAGAGGGCUUGCGGAUCUUCUCUCAGCCACGUGUUUACAUUAUGAACGACGAAUGAGAGAGAGAGAGAGAGAGAGAGAGAGAGAGAGAGAGAGAGAGAGAGAGAGAGUGUUUUCUUGGUAUUUUUUUUUUUUUUUUGCCUUACUGAAGAGUAUUAUUGUCAGUCAUUAUUAUUAUCAUUAUUAUUAUUAUUAUUAUUAUUAUUACCACUACUACUACUACUACUACUACUACAACAAUAACAAGUAAUCUACUACUACUACUACUACUACUACUACUACUACUGUUAAUCAGUUAUCAUUAUUAUCAACGUAGGUUUAGAUUGUGUGUGUGUGUGUGUGUGUGUGUGGUGAAAUACUGGGACCGAAGCUCAAUGUUAAAUGUUGUUCAGUUGUAAUAAUAAUAAUAAUAAUAAAAUAAUAAUAAUAAUAAUAAUAAUAAAGAUUAAAUAACACGGUUUUUUUGUCCUUCCUCCCUACACCACAUUGAACUAAUACAGUAACUUACUAUUUUAUGGUUAAUUAGUCAUAGGCAGCGCGAGUAAAAAAAAAAUAAAAAAAAAGUGAGCGACGCCACUCCAUCACAUCCUGUACAUCAUCUCAUCGGCAUCCCACGUCUUGCCAGUAGCACCACUAAUGGUGCAGUCAAGGGUGAGAGUGGACGGCUCUUCUAUACAGAGGCGGCCAGGCAUGCGAUUACCUACCGUAACCCCCUCUGAAGAAUAUCCCUCCAAUUUGAACACCAUUCUUAACAGUACAAAAGAAUCUAGUGGGGUGGACAAGACAGAAAUGGAUGAACAAAAUCUUCCAUAUAUUAUUAUGACAAUGACUGCACUGCUUACAUUGCUAAUCCACUUCAUUCUGCUUGGCAUUACAGUUCACUUCAUUCUCACAAAGCUAAGUCCAAAUUUACAAAAGAAAGGACAAAAAGGAAAUAGUGAAAUACUGAAAAAGUUUAAAAAAAUAUUAGAUUUUCCCAUUAAAUGCUGUUCAUCUUCCUCCCAAGUCAUUCUUAUUGCAAGUAAGCAUUGUUCUCAACAAGUCCAGCCAUCUAUCCAAGUAGAAGAAGAAGACCAAACUGAUGCGCAGUUCAACCCCACUUCAGAGUCACAGAGAAGUAGCGCACAAAAUAAGGAGGGUUCUCCAAUACCUCCUGUUCCAACCAUUGAACUUCCUUCAUUGCCUUCCUUUGUAGAUCAACACUCUAAUUACUCUUUUGGAUAUUCAGAUGAGGACCACGAAUAUGAGUACAUUAAGCUGCCCAUCAAUGUGAACCAACAACAGUACAAGCCAUCAAUAGCACAAGGAAAGCAGAGUAAUUGUUCUGAGAAUAAUGUAUCUCAAAAAUUCUAUGACACUCUUAAGUUCAUGCCACCAGAAGCAAAAAAGAAAGAGAGUAAGUGUUCUGACAGUAAUAUAUCUGAAAACUCGUAUGACACUUUUGUGACCACACCAUCAAAGGCAGAAGGGAAAGAGAGUAAGUGUUCUGACAAUAAUGUAUCUGGAAACUUGUAUGACACUUUUGUGUUCACACCACCAAAGGCAGAAGGGAAAGAUAUUAAGCAUUUUGAUAAUAAUGAAUCUGAAAACUUGUAUGACACUUUUGUGUUCACACCAGCAAAAGCAGAAGGGAAAGAGUAAGCAUCCUGACAAUAAUGUAUCUGGAAACUAGUAUGACACUUUUGUGUUCACACCACCAAAGGCAGAAGGGAAAGAUAUUAAGCAUUCUGAUAAUGAUGAAUCUGAAAACUUGUAUGACAUUUUUGUGCAUUUCACCAAAUGAACUGAGUGAAAUGUUUACAUACCUUUUUACAGAAUGAAUAACAGGCAACUGUAUAAGGUAUGAAUCACAUUGUGCUUUUAAAUGUUGAUAACAGUAUGGAGAAAAGAUUACAUAACGCUGUUGUACAUGGUUUCAGUGUGCCACAGUCCAUGUCAGUGCUUUGUAUGAGAAAGGGGAAGAAACCAUCUUUUUCUUCCAGUACCAUAGCAUAAUCAUAUGACAACUAAGAUUACAUAGUUUUAAAUCAUAAUAACAAGGGGGAGUAAAAGUAAAACAUUAAUUCGUUGUGCUACAUAAGGGCUGAAAACAAAUUACAAUAUACUGUAAAGUAAAUGAAGCAAAAAAAUGGCAGCACCAUACACCUGAUUCAACAUUGAGAACAAAAUACUAAAGUAAAAAAAUAAAUAAAUAAAUAAAAAAAUGAUAAUAAUAAUAAUAAUAAUAAUAAUAAUAAUAAUAAUAAUAAUAAUAAUAAUAAUAAUAAUAAUAAUAAUAAUACUUCCAGUUCAUUAUGACAUCAACACUUGGGUACAGAAGGUGGUGUAGGAUGAGUUACCAUAACAUGUACUGUACAAUUCCUUUAUAAGAACAUGGAGGUAACCUGUAAACUUAUUCACUGGCACACUGUACUGGGUGUUGUAAGUGGUUCAUGAGGGAAGUAAUCAAGUAUUUGCUAAUUAAAUGAAACACAAAACAAAGUCAUAUCAUUCAAUAUAUUGUGGUCUCUGCUUUAUAAGUGAGUAGUGUAUUGACGUAUUGACACACACACACACACACACACACACACACACACACACACACACACACACACACAAUCACAUCAUUAUCACAUCUUGCAGAUCCUCCCAAUAAAUUAUUAAUUAGUAUGUGAGAGAGAGAGAGAGAGAGAGAGAGAGAGAGAGAGAGAGAGAGAGAGAGAGAGAGAGAGAGAGAGAGAGGAGAGAGAGAGAGAGAGAGAGAGAGAGAGAGAGAGAGAGAGAGAGAGAACAUACUACUAUUAAUACUGAAAUGACCAUUACCAAGUCAUCAUUGGCCACUGGGUGACACUAAGCACCCAUCACUUUCUCUUCCCACUCAGCAUCACUAGCAACAUGACACUCAGAUUGAGUGUCAUACACAUACCAACAUAUAUGAUAAACUGCAAUGCCAAUUCAUGAGAGUGCAGCUCAAGGAGAACACAAGAUAAGGUAAACACAGUCAUUCCUAAGUAUUGUGUACUACUAUGCAACAUAUGACUGACAGCAAUAAGGCAUGUGAGGAUCAGGGGUUCAGGGAUAUUUCCUCAGUGAGAUGCAAAUUUAUCCUCAGCACAAAAUAGAAAUAGGCAGCAGGAGAUACAUGCUUCUGGAAUUAUUUUUAACGUGGCCAGCAAGGGCUCCAGUAUGAUUAUGGAUAUUAAAUACAUGUAAUCAAAUGCACAAAGCUUGUGAAAGAAUUGAGGACUUUAUGCUGGAAGGAGUUCUGAGCUAAUAGAAUAGUAGUGAGUGAUUUUCUCAACCAUAUGUUAGUCAAACAGGUACUCUGUGUUGACACAAGCCAGUUCAUUUCAAAUCCUCAAUUUAUACGUAAGUAUUUACCAACAUGUGAAGAGAAGAAAAAUAAUACUCAGGCUCCUUUUCUUUACAUAGUGAAAGUGUGGAAUCUUGAGAUAAGGACAAUGAUGUAUACAUUGGCAAUUUUACCUACACUUCUUAAAAAGGUACUGAAUUGCAUGCAAGCAUAUUUCCAUAAAGAAUUUACUUCCCCAGACUGUAUCUGUAUGUCAUUAUCAUCAACACACACUCUGGGGUCUUAUCAACUGUACAUGUAUACCUAUAUGAUAAAAACCUGUUCACCAGAGAGGCCUUCUAACAGCCUACCUCUCUUAUCCUCUCAUCAUUAUCUAAAUGUAAACAUGUAACCUUCACACCCACAGCCUGGGCACUACCCCUGAACCACACACUCCCCUGGAUGGAGUCAAAUGUUCAGUAAUACACUGCACUCUGUACAUUACACCUCAUGAAGGCUAAUACAUGUGGCACUGCACAGCCUAAUUUACUAGUUCCAUACAUUAGACUUGUGUAAAUACCUACAUCACACCCAUUUCACCAAAAAACAACCUGUAGUCGUACAUGGGUCAGUAUACGUUAUUCAGUAGCAUUUUCCAUAACCACUGUAGACUGAUACUUCUCUUUUUCUUUAACAUGUGUACAAAAGCAUUCUGUUUUCCACUGUUAAAAUGUGCAGAUUUUAUUGCAACUCAAACACAAGUUAUUGCUCCAGAAAUUAUUCCCAUGUCUGCUGCACCACAAAUGUACUUAACUGUUCACACUGUAUGAUUCCAAAUGCCACAGGAGCAAACUAGAUAUUUAAUGAAAUAUUGCAUAUAGUGCAAACAAUCAAAAGUUAAGAACUCUGCAAUGUACAUUCAUUCAAUAACAGAACCUUCUUAUAAUAACAAAUCAGGUACAUGUCUCAAAACAGAAAAAUUAGGACCAUUUCAUAUCAAGAUAAUAUCAUAUAUAUAAUCUCGCCAGUUUCUACCAGCUGGAAGGAAUGACAGUCAAGCUGGCCAAACAUCUUUAAACAGGGAAACAAUGCAAGCAUAAAGGAUGUUACAUUUCUUUUCUUGUAUAUAUGUACAUUUUCAUCCUCAUCCCCCAACUAAACUGUCACAAGAUGCAUCCUCCAUUCAUUAUACACAUAUGCACACAAUGACACCUCAUACAUCUUAUUCCCAAUAGACCUGGCCAUGCUAGCCAGGUUUCACAUUCAUCAUAGUGGUAACAUUACCAAUAAUGUAAACAGCACACUGGUCAUCACAUCUUUUCUCUUGAUCAAAUAAUGUCAACAUGAACAUAACCUACAUAUGCAUUAAUCCUUCAAGCAGAAAUACAUACAUCAUGUUGCUAAUUGUAUAUAUAUAUAUAUAUAUAUAUAUAUAUAUAUAUAUAUAUAUAUAUAUAUAUAUAUAUAUAUAUAUAUAUAUAUAUAUAUAUAUAUAUAUAUACAAUACCAAGUGUUAUGUGAAGUACUCUCUUUAAACACGAAUGAACAAAGAAAACCUGUGAGAUUCCGACAUCCCCACAAGAAAUAACUAGGGAAAGGAAUUUUCAUGGUGAAGCACUCACUGUUAUCCACAAUGUGUAAGGCUGCAUAGAGACUGAAAGAUGGAUAUGAUGAUGCAUUCAAAAGAUUACACUAAAAUGCCAUUGUGCUUGUGUGUGAUGUGGCAUUGCCUUGGAUACAUGUGCUGUGAUCUUUAUUAGAUAUGAAAUGUACUACAAUCUAUUUGAUAGUUUGGCAUCCUGAUAUCAUACUCAAUUUACUGUGCCCUGUAAUUUGGUUGAAUUAGGUUGGUUGGUUUACAUUAUUUUUCUUGAUUAUUUCACAUUUCACAUACAGAAAAGUAUACUUACUAAAAUUACACAAGUAAUUUUGACUCUAUGGAUGAAGAAAUAUGGAAAAUAUUGUUAGUGUGGUAUCUCAUAUUCAUGAUCCAUGAGUCAAGGGAAUGAAUCACGACAUGACAUGCAACACACCCUUCAUGACGUUUCACAGCAAGUUUGCCGACUAUGCUAAAAUUAAUCAAAUCACUCUAAAGUUUGUGAAGUUCACUAUUCAUGAGAGUAAGGAUACUUUUCUAUGUGACUAAUAUGGCUCAUCAAAAUGUUUAGCGUGUUGAUAGAAAGGAUGAGGACAUAAUCUUCAAGAAGUGUGUGGAAUCCCUAUUAGAGUGGCAAAGUAUAAUGAGAGAGAGUUUGAUGUGGCAUGAUGAGUGUCACACAUGGACAGGAUAUUCUGUGAACCAUACACUUCAUUGUCUAGAUGGGUCAAAUAAUUUCCUAUAUAUGUGAGGCAUUACAGAUAAUAGUAAUGAUGAUUAAAUAGAUUUGAUUGGUCUUGUAUUUAUAAUGUUCUCUGUUCUGCAUACCCAUCCCUUAGGAAAGUCUUUUUAUUAUUAUUAUUAUUAUUAUUAUUAUUAUUUAAUUAUGUACUACUUUACCAUGUUCAGGUUUAAGAAAUGAUGGAUGAGUGUGAUUGAAUCUCCAAAUACAUGUAAGAUCUAGAGAGCCUGCUGCUCAUUACCUGUUGAUCAAACAUGAAAUAAUUUAACCUAAUCCCAUGUGCAAAUCUCAAUAAAAUGUGAGCCUUUCAA